CAUUUGGGGGAUAUCUGUCCCGUCCUGACAUUUGGGGGAUAUCUGUCCCGUCCUGACAUUUGGGGGGAUAUCUGUCCCGUCCUGACAUUUGGGGGAUAUCUGUACCGUCCUGACAUUUGGGGGGAUAUCUGUCCCGUCCUGACAUUUGGGGGGAUAUCUGUCCCGUUCUGACAUUUGGGGGAUAUCUGUACCGUCCUGACAUUUGGGGGAUAUCUGUCCCGUUCUGACAUUUGGGGGGAUAUCUGUCCCGUCCUGACAUUUGGGGGAUAUCUGU